AUGAGAAAAGGUAUAUAUUCUCGAGUCUGUACCCAUCCACCCGUGAUCUCCAAUGCAAUUCUCUCCUCAACAAGGUCACUCAUGGCAAUUUUCGUCUCCCCCCAUUUUUUCACCACAUUUGCAACUUCAGCCACAUUGACCAACUCGGAAAGCGAACAAGAAGAAGAAGACGAAGAAGGGUUCAACACAUCUUGUGGCGUCAUUCAAGAAAAGGACUUUCUUCGUAAAACCCAGAAUGGAAAACUUCAUUUACUGGACCUAAUCGACAACGAUCGAAUGGAACCAGACGCGGCCCUUUACAACAAAUUGCUCAACAAGUGCACCCAGAUGAGUAAGCUCAAAGAAGGAAGAAUGGUCCACACCCACUUUCUCAAUUCCCAAUUCAAACACUACCAAGUUAUACAGAAUACAGUUCUCAAUAUGUAUGCCAAGUGCGGUAGUCUUGAAGAGGCUCGUAGAGUGUUCGAUGAAAUGCCCACUAAAGACAUGGUUACUUGGACCGCAUUGAUUACUGGAUAUUCUCAGAAUGACAGACCUGAAGAAGCGCUAGUUUUGUUUCCUCCAAUGUUGCGUCUUGAUUUAAAGCCUAAUCACUUUACCUUUUCUAGUCUUCUCAAAGCUUCAGCGGCUAGGCCUAGUGAUAGAGAAGGUAGGCAAAUUCAUGGGUUUUGUUUGAAGUAUGGUUAUGAUUUGAAUGUUUAUGUGGGGAGUGCGCUUGUGGAUAUGUAUGCUAGGUGUGGGUAUAUGAAUGAAGCAAUGUUUGUUUUUGAUGGGAUGAUAAGCAAGAAUGAGGUCUCUUGGAAUGCUUUGAUUGCUGGGUAUGCUAGGAAGGAUGAGGGAGAGAAUGCGGUUCAGCUGUUUAUGGAGAUGCAAAGGAAAGAUUUUAAACCGACCCAUUUUACUUAUUCCAGUGUUUUCACUGGCUGUGCUAGUACUGGAGCUUUAGAGCAGGGGAAAUGGGUGCAUGGCCAUAUGAUAAAGUCGGGGUUAAAGCUUAUUGCUUUUGUUGGGAACACUCUUCUUGACAUGUAUGCUAAAUCUGGUAGCAUUGAGGAUGCCAAAAAAGUUUUCGAUAGACUGAUAAGGCGAGAUGUAGUUUCCUGGAAUUCGAUGCUUUCUGCUUGUGCUCAACAUGGGCUUGGGAAGGAAACGGUGGAGCGCUUUGAGGAAAUGCUUAGGAUUGGUGUUGAACCUAAUGGUAUAGCCUUUCUCUGUGUUCUAACUGCUUGCAGCCAUGCUGGCCUUUUGGACAAAGGACAAUACUAUUUUGAGUUGAUGAAAAAAUAUCUGGUGGAACCGGAUGUUUCACAUUAUGUAACAAUUGUAGAUCUACUUGGUCGAGCAGGUCGUCUUGAUUUGGCUGAAAGAUUCAUAAAAGAAAUGCCAAUUGAACCCACUGCAGCCGUCUGGGGAGCUCUGCUUGGGGCUUGUAGAAUGCAUAAGAAUAUGGAGUUGGGUGCAUAUGCUGCUGAACGUGUAUUUGAACUUGAUCCCUAUGAUUCCGGACCCCAUGUAUUGCUCUCUAAUAUUUAUGCUUCUGCUGGUAGAUGGAGUGACGCUGCAAAAGUGAGAAAGAUGAUGAGAGAGAGCGGGGUGAAGAAGGAACCUGCUUGUAGUUGGGUGGAGAUCGAGAAUGUGGUCCACUUGUUUGUGGCAAAUGAUGAUGCCCACCCUCAGAGAGAGGAUAUCCGUAAGAUGUGGGAGGAAAUCAGUGCUAGAAUUAAGGAGAUUGGGUAUGUCCCAGAUACUAGCCACGUGCUUUUAUUUGUGGACCAGCAAGAGAGAGAAACCAAGUUGCAAUACCAUAGUGAAAAGCUUGCUCUAGCAUUUGCACUUUUGAAUGCACCACCUGGAUCCACCAUCCGGAUCAAGAAGAACAUAAGAGUUUGUGGUGAUUGCCAUACAGCAUUUAAAUUUGUGUCAAAGCUGUUGGACAGAGAAAUCAUUUUGAGGGACACAAACCGUUUCCAUCAUUUCCGUGGUGGAUUUUGUUCCUGUGGAGACUACUGGUAG